AUGGAAGAGAAAGAAAAAGGCAGCAAAGGAGGCAGUGGGGAGAGAUGGAAAGGAGCUAUAGCUAAUCUAACAGAGAUGACAUCGAAUCUAGACUCUCUUCAAAAGUUGCUCCUUAAAAAAGCUGUCUUUGUUAAUGAAGAAACCUUCUCAAAAGCCUCCCUCACUUCUGAACAAGCCCGCUCCGCUCUAUCAAGAUUAUGCCUUCAUAAAGCUAUUAGUCUUGUGAUUGGGAUUUCGAGAAAAGUGAUGCUGAAUGCUGUUCUUGAACAACGGGUAGAGACUUUGGAAAGAGAACUUGAUGCUGCCAUCUCAGCUGCUGCUCAUGCUCUAGCAGAAAAGCGUCAGGCAGAGGCAGCACAAAAGGAUGCUGAAUUACGUGCACGUGAGAUCACAAGAGAACUCGAGAGCACCACAAAGGUAUUUGAACUACACAUAGAGGAGUUGCGUGCAAAGCAAGAAGAAAUUUCUAAGCGUGACAGUGACAUUAAACUUUUGGAAGCGAUAAUUCAGACACUUGGUGGUAAAGAAUCCCGUUCUACAAGAGGGGUACCGUGUUUGAAUUUAUCCCUCCUUUAACCUCUCUCGCGGCAGACAGGAGCGUGGGUCAGGUCUGAUGCUUUGAUCUCCAGUUUUGUAAUUAACGGUGGUGAUUUUACCAAUUACACUGCAUGCUUUUAGCAUAGUGCAACAGUGCAGAAAAUGCUAUUUAAAUUGGUCUGACAAUUCAAAGACGGCUUAGCUCAACAUUCAUGCACUCUUCCCUAUGGGAGUCCAUUUUGUUAAGCUGUAAAAGAGAGCUUCGAAGGUCUGCAAAAAUUCAACUUUUUUUUUUUAGCUUAAAAAUAUAUAUAUUUUUAAUGAUUUCGGAUGUUUUGA